AUGGCUGUCCCUCUUGAAUCGUGGAAGGAGUUUGAAAAGCACGUGCUCCACUAUAAAGGAAGUAAGAUAGUAGUGGUGGACUUCUGGGCUGCUUCAUGCGGAGACUGCAUAGUUCUGGCUCCUUUUUUCUACACUCUAGCAGAGAAGAACAAGCAGUGUGAUUUCUACGAGGUAGAUGUGGAGGAAACAACUGAGGUGGCGAACUGGGCCAAGAUAAAGAAGCUGCCGACUAUCAAGUUUUACAAGUACGGACAGUGUAUCGAGACCAUUGAGGGUGGGGCCCAGGGUAAGAUUUCUGCUGCUGUUGCUAAGCAUAAGAACGCUUAG